AUUAUUACCAUUGAUCUUCUGAUUUGUCAGGAAGAUGCCAAUGACUCGAAAAGAAGUCAGCUAGAUUCGAUUUCUGAAGAGGAUACUGGGAAUUUGGUUGAUGGGCCCGACACUUCUUCCUUCACUGCAUUCCUUUAUUCUCUGUUAUCGUCUUCAGAAUCUGGAAACAAUUUAACAUUGGAUGAGAAAGAUGAUAAUCAAACAGAACCAGGUGAUAAACCAGUAGAUGCGACUAUGAGAGAGAAUGGCAGGAAGAAAAGCUUAUUUUCCAAGGGUAAACAGUCACUUAGAGCUGUUUACCAGGCUGCUAGAUUUAGUAGAUUCCGAAAUCAGGAGCUCAGGGGUGAUUCCGACAUGAAAACUGAUGAUGACUCUGAUGCCGAAUUUGAUGGGCUGGAGAUGAGGCAUAUUCAGAAAGUCAAAGAGCCAGCAUCUUCGACAGAUCUUCCAGAAAUUUCUGAACCUUCACUACUUCUUUCUGAGAAUACAAGAGGUUUCCUUUAUGCUUCACUUCCAGCACUUGUUCAGGGAAGGAAAUGGUUAUUACUUUACAGUACAUGGAGGCAUGGGAUAUCACUUUCAACACUCUACAGGAGAAGCAUUCUAUGGCCUGGCCUUAGUUUGUUGAUAGUUGGAGACGGCAAAGGUGCAGUCUUUGGUGGUCUGGUUGAGGCACCCUUGAGACCAACCAACAAGAGAAAAUAUCAGGGAACAAAUAAUACGUUUGUUUCACAUGCACUUGGCAGUCCU